AUCCAAAAUAUGUUUCUCAUUCAAUCGAUCAAAUCUCUUUAAUAAAAUCCACAAAUCAUCACUAAAAAAAAAUACUAUUACUCAUUUUAUUUCUUACAAUAACUAAAAAUUCUCAUUUCAACCAAGCACAUGUAAUAUAAAUUUCCAAUCACCAACACAAGAAAAAAAAAUUGAAUCUCUGCUGCUACCAUGGAUUCAUCGAGUGGAAUAUCGUCGAAUUCAUCGGGGCUACAGACUCGGCAUCGAAGGAGGAUCUGCAGAAGACGAUGGAUUUGAGGAAGAGAAAGUGGAUGAUCUCCAACCGCGAGUCGGCGCGGCGGAGCCGCCUCCGGAAGCAGAAGCACAUGGAGGAGCUGAUGGCGCAGGUGGCCGAGCUCCGCCGCCAGAACCACCAGAUCCUCACCAGCCUCCGCGCCACCACGCAGCACCACAUUGCCGUCGAAUCCGAGAACGCCGCUUCAGAUCUAGGGUUUCCGCAGCAAAACCCCCUAGCUCCGCCGCCGGAGUUCAAUUCCCUCCUCGAUCAUAGUAGCGCCGACCAAGCUCAAUCUCCUCUACCACCACCACCACAGCUCGUCCUCCGCCACCACGUCGUCGUCUUCCGACGAUCUCGAGCUGUUGUCGAUCAAGCCUAAUUCUCACAGCUACACCUCGCUGAAGGACCUCCUCCCGACGUCGGCGGUCAACUCGCCGCGGUCGAGCUCCACGCAAGGCGGAUCCGAUAUCUGCAUUCGGAACCGCCUCGUCAAGCAGGCGGCGUGGGCAUACCUCCAGCCGAUGUCCACCUCCCCCGGCUCUGCCGACGGUGGCUUCCUUCGCCGCAUCUGCCCGCGCCUCGCCGCCUUGUUUGACCUGGUCCGCCGCAGCGUCGCUUGAGAAAGAGAGAUGAGAGAGAGAGUGGAGAGAGAGAUGAGAGAGAGAAGAGAAGGGGAAGGGAUUGCGUAGAGAGAGAAAGAGGAGAGAGAGAAUGAGAGAAAAAUGGUUAAUUUUUAUGUUUUUAAUGUUAAGGGUAUUUCCGUCUUUUCAAUCAAAAAGUGGACAGUUUUUAUUAUUUUUAUCUUAGUGGACAAUUUUUAUCUUUACAAUAUGAAAGUGGAUAGUUUUAUAUAUUUAC